AUGAAAAAGACUGCUAUACUAUCUUCUACGGCCAAACCGAGCCAAAUAUAUGCAGAUGCUUUAUCGGGGUUAGAUGAAGAAGACAGAGCAAAUGUAGGCCAUAAAGAUCACGUGACAAAAACAAUUAGAAACCAACGCCGCAAAAAUAUUCUAAUUGAACCAUCCAAUACAGAAUUCGAAAUACCAAAAGCUUGGCAGAUGAGAGAAGGCAACGAAAAUGUCAUCAUCUACGACAGUGGAGCCAAUCCAUUCAACCGGAUAAUUGUUUUUUCAACAUUCGUGCAAUUACAACAAAUGGGAAGAAGUACUAGAUGGUUUAUGGACGGUAAUUUUAGCUUGUCUCCAAAUAUUUUUCACCAACUGUACUUUAUUAGAGUUGCCUAUCUUAACCAUUAUGUAACAUGCGCCUAUGCCCUAAUGACAUCAAGAAAUGAAGAAGUUUUUAGGGCAAUUAAAGAUAAGGCGCAAGAACACAACAUAAUUUUGGCUCCAACCACUGUUAUGUUAGACUUCGAAAUUGCCCCCAGACGUGCCUUACAUGAUAUCUUCGGUGCAAACGUAGAAGUUGUAGGAUGUUUUUUCCAUUUGACACAGUCAACAUGGAGAAAGGUAUAG